GCGACAUGAGAUUUGUGACGUCCGGAUUCGAUGUCCGGAAGGAAUCGAGGAGCUAGACGGUAACGGCGCUGCGGGACUUUUAAGCAGCGAUCCGGAACUGCGGACUGUGUUCAGAAAAUCGGGACUGUCCGGAGAAAAAAAGUAACUGUUGGCUGCACUUGGUUGGCCAGACCGUAAAGCUCCCAGAUAGAAGCUCACCUACAUCUAACUUAUUUUUUCAGUAGAUGUCUUGUGUACCCUAAUUCCACCCUAAUCACUGACAUCAUGCAGCAGGGACCCUAAUGAUCUGCACACUAUCUGUGAUGGACCGGGGGGGUGGAUACACAUAUCCUGAGCCACAGCACGGAGCCAACGGAAUGAGCCCAGCAGCUGCUAUGCUUUACCAACCAAGCCAGCCUGAGUCUGAGACCGCUUCACCAGCUGGCAACCUGUGGACACAUUACCCAUAUUCACCUGCUCAUUGCUUGCCCCAUGCUUCUCUCACCAGCCCAAGUCAACCAUUUUUUAAUAACCCAGCACAAUCAAGCCUUUUUCAAGACUCCGUCUCUCAAAGCUACUCUACUUCCUUCUCGGCAUCCAGCUAUUUCGACUUUCAGGAACCAUCCCUGACCAAUGACUUCUCCGACCACUCCCUCCUUCCAUCUUCUCCAGAUUCUUUAUCUGAUAUUAGAGAUGCUCAAGAAUUCUUGACAGUAGAAGGUCUGGAUAGGGUACCUACUUUAUGGGAUAUCCACACACCAUCUCAAGAUCUCAGCAAUUCCCAUCACUUCCAUCCCAACCCUACCCUUCCAUCUUUGGGAACCUUUGAAGACUUGGCAGCGAUAAUCAAUACUGCCUCUACACAAGAACGGCUUCCCCAAGAAGAGGAAGAGGAAGAUGAGGACACUGAAGAAUUAGGGCACACAGAAACAUAUGCGGACUAUAUGCCAUCUAAAUCUAAAAUUGGUAGGCAGCAUCCUGACCGAGUGGUAGAGACCAGCACCCUAUCUAGUGUUCCUCCUCCAGAUAUCUCCUACUCUUUGACUCUGCCAAGCUGUAUUAUUGAACAAGGCCUUCUCUCUGCAUUGCAGCUGGAAGCUAUAGUGUAUGCCUGCCAGCAACAUGAAGUUAUCCUACCAAGUGGCCAACGGGCUGGCUUCCUUAUUGGAGAUGGAGCUGGAGUGGGGAAGGGAAGGACAGUCUCUGGAAUUAUCCUGGAAAACUUUUUAAAGGGAAGAAAGAAAGCACUCUGGUUCAGUGUAUCUAAUGAUCUGCGCUGUGAUGCAGAGCGAGAUUUAAGGGACAUCAAUGCUGGUUGUAUAACAGUGCAUGCACUCAACAAGAUUAAGUAUGGAGACACAUCUUCAUCAGAAGGGGUUCUCUUUGCCACCUAUUCAGCCCUGAUUGGGGAGAGCCAGGCAGGAGGACAGCACCGCACACGUAUUAAACAAAUCAGAGACUGGUGUGGAGAGAACUUUGAUGGAGUGAUUGUGUUCGAUGAAUGUCAUAAAGCCAAAAAUGCUUCUAGCACCAAAAUGGGACGGGCGGUGCUGGAGCUACAGAACAACCUACCCAUGGCAAGAGUGGUGUAUGCCAGUGCCACGGGUGCUUCUGAGCCCAAGAACAUGAUCUACAUGAGCCGUUUGGGAAUUUGGGGGGAGGGCACAUCCUUCAGUAUUUUUGAUGACUUCUUGCAUGCAAUUGAAAAGAGGGGUGUAGGUGCUAUGGAAAUUGUUGCCAUGGAUAUGAAAGUAAGUGGCAUGUAUAUUGCAAGGCAACUUAGCUUUUCUGGAGUCACUUUCCGAAUUGAAGAAAUUCCAUUGGAGGAGUCAUAUAAACAGAUGUACAACAGAGCAGCACAGCUGUGGGCAGAAGCAUUAAUCGUUUUCCAGACUGCAGCAGAUUGGUUAGGUUUAGAGUCACGGAAAUCACUCUGGGGCCAAUUCUGGUCAUCUCAUCAGCGUUUUUUCAAGUAUUUGUGCAUCGCAUCUAAAGUGCAACGUCUUGUGACUCUAGUCCAUCAAGAACUUGCAAAGGGCAAGUGUGUGGUCAUUGGUUUGCAGUCAACAGGAGAAGCUCGUACACGGGAAGUCAUGGAUGAAAAUGACGGUCAUCUCGAUUGCUUUGUUUCAGCUGCAGAGGGUGUCUUCAGGUCUUUAAUACUUAAACAUUUCCCAUCCACCAAGAGAAAACGUGAAAAAGGCAUACAAAAGAGAAAACGGAGAGGAAAGCCUCGCAGUGGAAAGGUGCCUCGUGGAGAUCUGGGUUUAAUACGUAUCAGUGAGGAAAGCAGCUCUGAUUCUGAAGUGGGGUUGGAUAGUGAUUUCAAUUCUUCCCCGGAGUCAUUUCAAGAUGAUGAUGUCAUUUAUAUAGAACGCACAAUGAAUGGAAUGACUCUUCCUGACCGUGUUCCUGAAGUGGAUCGUCUAAAGAUGGAGCUGCUAGCAAAAGUCGAGACAUUAGGAAAGGAAUUACCUCUCAAUACUCUGGAUGAACUUAUAGAUCAGUUUGGGGGUCCAGAAAAGGUGGCUGAGAUGACUGGGAGAAAGGGGCGCGUGGUUCGUAAAGAUAAUGGAUCUGUGUCGUUUGAAUCUCGAGCUGAGCAGAAUCUAUCCAUAGAUAAUGUAAAUCUAAGAGAAAAGGAACGCUUCAUGAAUGGAGAAAAGUUAGUAGCAAUAAUCUCAGAGGCAUCAAGUUCAGGGAUUUCCCUUCAAGCAGACAGACGAGUCCAUAACCAGCGUAGACGUGUCCACAUGACACUUGAGCUUCCAUGGAGUGCUGACAGAGCCAUUCAGCAGUUUGGCCGUACUCAUCGUUCCAACCAGGUGUCUGCUCCAGAGUAUGUCUUCCUAAUCUCAGAACUUGCAGGAGAAAAACGAUUUGCUUCUAUUGUUGCCAAGAGGCUGGAGAGUCUGGGAGCUUUGACUCAUGGGGACCGGCGAGCCACAGAAUCCAGAGAUCUGAGCAAGUACAACUUUGAGAAUAAGUAUGGGACACGGGCUCUUGAGCAGAUUUUGUCUGCUAUCCUAAACCGAACACAGAAAGCAGUGCCUCCUCCAAGGGAUUAUCCAGGAGGUGCUACAGCAUUUUUCCACGAAAUAAGGCAAGGGCUUCUCUCUGUGGGGAUUUGUUGCAGGGAAACAAAGCAUAAUGCCAUUGAUAAGGAAUGUUCAGUCACCAAGUUCCUCAAUCGGAUGCUUGGACUUGAAGUUCAUAAGCAGAACAGCCUCUUCCAGUUUUUUUCUGAUACAUUUGAUUACCUUAUUGAAAAGGACAAAAAGGAAGGAAAAUAUGACAUGGGCAUUUUGGAUUUGGCUCCUGGAGUGGAUGAGAUUUACCAAGAGAGUAAAGACACUUUCAUGACACCUGGGCACCCUCAGGACGGACAAGUGGUAUUUUACAAGAUCAGUGUUGAUCGAGGGAUGAGCUGGGCAAAAGCACUGGAAAAAUCCCAUCAACUUGAAGACCAGCUGGAAGGCUUCUACUUGUCUUACAGGGUUCGUGGGAAAAUGUUUUCAGCAGUUUUGGCAGAACAUCGACAUGGAAACUACUUUAACCUGUACAAACCGAACAUUGGGAGACAGAGCCAGGCUGAAGCUUUGGAUAGUUUUCUCAACAGAUAUCACAAGGUUACUGCCGAGGAGGCUAUGCCACAUUGGGAAUGCCAGUACAACUUCUUUUUAAACCACUGCAGUCAUACCAUGUGGAAUGGUAAUUGUAAAGUGCAACAACAAAAAAAAGAGUGUGUGCAAGGGCUUCGCCUGCGACAUUAUUAUAUGCUAUGUGGCUCUCUCCUUCGUGUUUGGAGUCGCAUGGCCUCAGUGAUCUCUGAUAUUACCAGCAGCAGCUACCUACAGAUAGUACGACUGAAAACCAAAGACAAACACAAACAAGUUGGUAUUAAGAUUCCAGAAAGCUGUGUGUUCAAAGUGCGCGAGGAACUAAAGCAAAUGGAUUUGAAUGUUAAAAAAAAACAUGAAGAGGCCCUUCAGAAAGCAGAAAAUCUCAGCUAUACCCCAUUGGACCUCUCUUUCUUCAGACCGCCACCCUUGGUAGAUCCAAAUGUUCUGGAUCUAACAAACAGUCCACCACAUCCUAGUAUACAGGAACAUCGGGGUGGAACUUCUUACUCUGACAGUCUGGGAGAUAUUCUUUCUCCCGUUGAAAGUCUCCCCAACCAGCACUUCAAUGUAAAAGAAAUCAUAGAAGAAAUGAUUCAGAAACUGAAAGAUCCAGAUUCUUCUUCGGAUCGUCAGAGUGUAAUUCAUUUUGGAGGAGAACAUAAUAGUUACUGGGGAACAGGCUGAAAAUCUACCUAUCAUAAACUGACCUCAGACCAGCAGCUCUGUUCCAGUGCUGCUACUAGAGCCCCCCACUUUGUAUCAAGUGGGUCCUGCAGAAACCUUAUGGACGUAUUAUGUGCUUUGCAGGUAAAAAAAUAAUAGCAGGAUUCACCUGUAAGAACUAAACGGGAAGUUCAACUGCUAGAGCUGUUCUGCUUGGGGGACACUCCGAAUACCCCACAGUGACUUACAAAGACUUAUUUUGACAACAACUCUAUGUAACAACACAUCCGUUACUCCACACUCCUUGCUAGAUGACACACCACAGCUCGGGACCAUGCUUCAGGUGUUUAGCCCAUUUGUGUUCAAAACAGUCUGUGGAGCUCUGAGUGCCCAUGUCCUGUUCAUUGGAGGGCUGAUAAGGAUUUGAGGGCCACCAUCUUCCCUAGUGCUUGUUUUUGGUUCAUUCCUCCCACACCAUUUCCUGGAAACAUGUUUCUGGGGGUGUCUCCUCACAGCGCUCAGCACUUUAUCCCUUUCUCCACAGAGCAUUAUCAAAUCCUUGGCCCACAAGGUUGUGUGGAGCAAUAGUUUAUGUGAGUUGGUGGUAACUGUUGUGGAGGUGGGAGGGAGAGUUCAGUUUGAAUUUUUAUUUUGUAUCGUUAUUUAUCCUAUGCUAAUCUUUGCACUAAUUGCCUUCCUCCUGUCCUGCCCUGCCCAUCAGCCUAUGGUAGGGAAGGGCCUGGGUGUCUGCUCAGGGUAUGUGUGUGUGUGUGUUUUGUUUUGCAGUAUGCUGAAUCUGUAGCAGCCACUCUUUCUUUUGACUUGAUGCCAAAGAAAAUAUUUUUUAAAAUCCAUUACAUGUGGAAGCUGCGGACAUGGAGCUCUCAGCAGCACAAGAUAAGCAAGGAGUAAACAUUACAGAAGCGUGAGAGAGUUGAUUGUAAUAAAUUCGAAGCAUCCACUGAAAUCUGAAAUCAAACUAUCACUGACGGUUCUAACAGUUAUAUGUUUACAUGGCUUUUCUGAAAUAUUUCCAGAAGCAAAUUUCAUUGCCAUGCUUUCUGUGCAUUUGGCCCCAGUGCUGUGCAGCUUAAAGAUCCCAUCUCUUUUUUGUUUAUUUCCUGACAUGAAUUUUACCUUGUUUUAUAUUUGUGAGAUCUCCAGUGGCGUCAGGCACCAACAGUAGAUUUUAAGCAGGGGGAAGAGUCUUUUAAUAUUUAUUUAUGCUUCGUAACAUACAUACAAACAUUGAAAUGCAGGCCAUUACAAGCAGUAAGUUGUUUACUGGAAACCUGCUUUUUAGAACAUUUGUUUUUUCCGUCCCACAGGAGGGCAUCCAUGUAGACAAAUCUUUUAUUUGCUCAUUUUGAUUCAAAGUGAUUUUUAAUCUUCAGCCAAGACUUAAUUAAUUUCAGAGAAUGAUGCAAACAUUAAAAAAUGCAGGGAAAGUGUUUUUGUAUUUCACUACCUAGCUCUACAUCUGUAUUUUCCUUGGUCUCCUACUUUCCCGGUUUAUAAACCAUUUUCUCCACUCAGUUAUUAAGGAACAUUUCUUCAUUUAUACAGUAUGUGCUGCAUACUUGUAAAUGCCUUAAGAUAGACUUGGAAAGGGAAUAUAGAAACUGUGAAAGAAUGGCAGACUUAAGUCUAGAGUAUGGAAAGAUUGUGACUGAGACAAACCAGUCUCUGCAAAUUACAUGCAACCCAUGAGUAAUACUGUGAUUGCACAUAACUAAAGGGUUUCUUUGUAAAUGACAGAUCAACCACCUUAUUGGUGUAUAUUCUAAAUCUAUACCUGCUGGUCCAUUGCUCACAAGUAAAUAGCUCUCUGCCCUCCGUGACAGGGUUUUACAGUUCUUGAUCUUCAUACUGACCCCCCCAUAGUGCCACCAUCACUUACUGCCAUAUGAAUUCUCUUGAUAAAUGUGCAAUAAAUUAUCUAAAAUGAAAUGCCACCUCCUUUAUAAUGUUUUACUAGUAGAUGGAAUAGUGAGUUAGCACUGUAUUUCAGUACAGUGUAAUAUACCAUUGUAGAGAGUUUUAAAUUUAAAAAAAUUGGCCAAAGAUUAGAGUCCGUCAAGGUAUUAGAAUUGUCCCAUCCUUCCCUGGGUAACUGUCAACACUUAACCUUUUAUUGACUCUUUCUCUGCCGUUGCAGGCAGCAUUGGCCUAUAGUACAAUGCAAAUAUAUUGUGCACUUUGCUGGCACAGUUUUUCCAAAAUAUGCAAUGUCCACUCUUCAGUGCCUUGCAGUUUUUAUUUCAAACCCUUAAAAAUUGUCUGUUUUAGUAACGCUGGGCUCAGCAGUUCUUGUUUCGUCUUUUCUGUAUGUUCACUCUGUAUGUUGCUGAACUGUAUCUCAGGUAUUUUAACCUCUUCACUGCUAGAGGUGUGUGCAGCCUUGAGCCAGCACCUCUGGCAAUUAAGGGGUUAAGAGGAGCUGCUGCUUCUCUCCCAUCUCCCUCCUCAGAAUGUCAGGUUAUCCCUAGCAGAUCACUUCCCAGUGUCCAAUAUGUUGGGCAGAUGUGUUUUGCAGUAAGUUAUUUUGACGCGUGCUACUGAUCCUGCGUUUUCCCGCAUGGGUUCUCUUGAGCAUAUUUAUGAGUUUGUAAUAUAUAUAUAUAUGUGUAUGUAUACAGUUUUAUUUAGAAUAUGUGCCUUCAAGUAAUUCCUACAUUUUCUACUUGUAUUCAGAGGGUGGAUUAGCAAGACACUCACCACCUCAGUAAAAUUUUCAAUCCAAUUGAUGUGAA